AUGGGCUCUAUUGUCAGGCUUGCAGCAUCCAUUCUUCCGGUUGUUACAGUAUCACUAGAAUUUCACGAUAAUUAUGCUCUUCCAGAGCUCCAAUCUUUUCUAUCUUUUUAUAUGGAUUUUUAUUGUUGUAUCUUUGAGAAUUUUGCUGCUUACAUCGCUGUCGUGCUUAUGAAUAGUGCCAACGCAAAAAUUAAUGUAAGUGUGGAUUGUACAAAUGCCGAGGCUCUUAAAAAUAAUAAUGUUUCUCUAACAUUAACCAAUUUGGAAGAAGAAAUUAAAGAGUUAAAAGCAUUCUUUUCCACUAAUUUAACCAGUCUUGGGGAAAUUGGCUCGUUGAAGACUACUUGA